AUGCCUCUACCGCCGGCACUGCUAGCUCGUCUUCAAAAACGAGGAAUUAUCAAGCAAGAGGAGGAGAUUCUAGCCGAAAACUACGAUAAAGAGCCAGAGAAAAAGCAAAUCGAAGAAAAUGCGUCUGGAGCGCCGGGAUGCCCGAAUAAAUACAAUCAAUAUCAUGUGUGUGUGGAGUAUUGUUAUGAUCAUUGGGGAGAUGGUACUCCCGAAUAUAGACUCCCCGAAAAAUACGUGACAAACAAGAAUCGAAUGCUCGCCAACUUUCCGCUACCCGAUGGUUGGGUAGAGGUUUACGACGAGGGGCUCGGAAGAUAUUAUUUCUGGAAUAAGGCGACUGACGAGGUGUGCUGGUACUCACCACGUCAUCCACGUGCCAUUAUAAGUGAUCCGGCGCCGCGAAUUGCGAAAGAACACGCGGCUGUGUUAUUUGGAGAACCAGCGUAUUCGGAGGAAGACAACGCGGCUCGUCGUCGAAAUCACAGAGGAAGCGGUGGUGGCAACCGAAAUGACAGCGAUAAGCCACGUAGCAGUCAGAACGAAAGACGGAAAGAGAAACGACGUGGUGAUCCGAUGAUGCAAAACGGACCGGAUUCAGAUGAGGGCGAAUUGGAGGAAAUGAAUACGAGAGAUCGACUGAAAAGAGCGAAGAGGAAGGGAAUCGACCCGAUGGAUCCGGCUGCUUAUGGAGAUGCUCCUGUCGGAAAAUGGUCAGACGGACUACGUGUCGAUCAGGUGACCGGUGCUGACGUCACAGCCGGUGGACCAUUAUUCCAACAACGACCGUAUCCGGCACCCGGAGCGAUUCUAAGACGGCAGAAACCACAAGACGAUGAGGAGGAGUGA